GACCACGCGUUUCAAAUCCUUAGCAGGAUCGAUCCACCGAAUUAAGUUUGUGCACUUACGUACUGAAAGUCUGGAACACCAGUAACCUCGAGAGUCAGUGCACCAACCGCCAUGGCCUCCCUCGCCGCCGUCUCCGUCCAGCCGGUCGCCGUGAAGGGCCUCGCCGGCAGCUCCAUCUCCGGCAGGAAGCUCGCCGUCAGGCCCUCGCCCCGCGCUCUGUGCCGCUCCACCCGCAAGCCUCGCGCCGCCGUGGUGGCCAAGUACGGCGAGAAGAGCAUCUACUUCGACCUCGACGACAUCGGCAACACCACCGGGCAGUGGGACCUCUACGGCUCCGACGCGCCCUCGCCAUACAACCCUCUUCAGAGCAAGUUCUUUGAGACGUUCGCCGGGCCGUUCACCAAAAGAGGCCUUCUCCUCAAGUUCUUGCUGCUGGGCGGCGGCUCCCUGUUGGCCUACGUCAGCGCUUCAGCGUCGCCGGACCUCCUGCCGAUCAAGAAGGGGCCGCAGCUGCCGCCCCAGGCGGGCCCACGCGGCAAGAUCUAGAUUCGAUUCCUCCUUCCAUUGCCUAGCUUGCUUGUACCGCUAGCUCCCGGAUCGAUCACCAUGGAUCCUGCCUAUUUAUGCUGUUGAUACUGUACUCUUUGGCAUACAAGUGAAAUGAUGUUGUGCUUUUCGUACAA